CACAUCCAGGAUCAGAGAAAAGAAGUCCUUUUCAUCCCUUCUGAAAAUGAGAAGAUUUCUAAACAGCUCCACCUUUGUUAUAAUAUUGUGAAAGAUAGUUAUGUCCGAGUUUCAAAUAAUAAUCAGACCAUUUCUGGAUGGGAGAAUGGUGUGUGGAAAAUGGAGUCCAUAUUCAGAAAAGUUGAAACAGACUGGAACGUGGUGUAUUUAGCCCGAAAGGAAGGAUCAUCCUCUGCAUAUAUUUCCUGGAAGUUUGAGUCAGGGUCAGUUGGCCUGAAAGUAGAUAGCGUAUCCGUCAGAGCAAGUAGUGAAACCUUCCAGACUGGAACAGUUCAGUGGAAACUGCGAUCUGAUGCCACGCGGGUAGACCUGACCGGCGAUAAAAAUCUUCGUUCCUAUCAUGAUUUUUCUGGUGCCACUGAAGUUAUUUUGGAAGCAGAAUUAAGCGGAGGAGAGGGUGAUGUUGCUUGGCAACAUACCCAGCUGUUUAGACAAAGCUCAGAUGACCAUGAAGAAAAUUGUUUGGAGAUAAUUAUAAAAUUCAAUGACCUUUAAGAACCUGAAUAUUUUAAAAGAGCUGGCAAUAAUCAAGAACUUCCCGUGGUCCACAGAAGUCCGCUGGUUCAGUGCCUGCUUAGUUGGCAAUUUACUGCUGUACGCCAGCAUAUUUCCUGGUGGCCAUUCAUCAUGUAACCCUCAUGAAAAUAUAGAUACUGUGGACCAUAAUGAAAUCUUGAAUUAAAAAUUACCUUCCAUAUGUGACUAUAAUUUGGAAUAAAGUCUUGUUGCCUUGAUAAUCUCAAUACUAUAAGUAUAGUUUUAAAAGUAAAAGUAAAAUUAUGGAAUUCAUGAUUAAAUGCUGUUCGUGAUUAUGGCAAAAUCAUGGGCUAAUAUAGUAAUCUGAUGUUUUUGAUCAGCCAGUAAUUUCUUCAUAAGUGGUUGAAUUACAUUUUCCUAAGAUUUUUAUUUUAAUA